CGCUGUGCUUUUAGAUAGCACGCUUCUGAAGUCGCACAAACUUCUGAACUGUCCCUGACUUAAAGUUUGAGAUUAAACUCUUUGUCUUUCUCGAACUGUUGUCUCACUUUGUGGAAGAUCUUCUCUGAACAGUUUCCCUGAAUACUUUUUUUUUUUUUGCUGAGGAGGAACCAAAAAAAGUGAACUUGAGAUAUCACAUGGUUUCAGACUCAGUGUAGUGGAUUUUUGAGUUUAGUAGACUUGUUUUUAAGGCUAUUCAGAGCUCUGCUAUGCUUUUUUGAGUUUAUAGCUUCAGAUUUCUUCAGCUUUAGUUAGGUCUUUCAUUUUUCAGGUUCUUGAGUUCUUCCGAUUUUUUGGAUGAUGAAGUGCAAGAUCUGUCUAAUCUAUGCCACCCUAUUAAUCGGAGCGCUCAUGCUCAUAGCAGGCAUUGGCAUCCUCAUGGCGGGAGAUUUGCGGACACGAAUAGAGCAGAAGCUGAAGGGGGAGAUCACUCUGACUGAGGGCAGUAAAGUGUUCCAGACAUGGAAGAAUCCUCCCCCACCUGUCUUCAUGGAGUUUUUCUUCUUCAACGUCACCAACCCAGAUGGAUUCAUAGCUGGAGAGAAACCACGCCUCACACAAAUGGGACCAUACACUUACAGGGAGUACAGACCUAAGGAAAAUGUCACCUUUGUGGAAGAUGGAAAAGUUUCUGCUCUGACCACCAAAUCCUUCGUGUUUGUGCCUGAAAUGUCAGCUGGAGACCCGACUGAGGAUCUCGUGACUACUGUUAACAUCCCAGCAGUGGCGGUGAUGAAUAAAUUAAAGGACGCGGGGUUUUUCAUUAGAUCAGGCAUUGCCUUUUUCAUGACUUCAAUAAAAACCGGCAUGUUUAUGACCCACACUGUGGAUGAGCUGUUGUGGGGAUUUAAGGAUCCACUGCUCAGUCGUUUACGCGCUGCCAAACCUGAGGUGGACGAGAACUUCGGCCUCAUGCUAUACAAAAACAGAAGUAACGAUGGCGAGUUUGUUUACUACACCGGAGAAAAUAACUACUUGGACUACGGCCGGAUCCACACCUGGAAGGGUGAAAAGUUGAUGUCGUUUUGGGCCACGAAUCAGAGCAACAUGAUUAACGGGACAGACGGUAGUGCUUUCCACCCAUUCCUGACCAAAGAGGAGCGUCUAAAUGUAUUCACGGCAGAUCUGUGCAGGUCCAUCCACAUGUUGUUUGAGAAAGAGGUGGAGGUGAAGGGGAUUCCAGCGUAUCGAUACACUCCUCCUCGAGCUGUGUUAGCCAGUGGAAUGAACAAUCCCGAGAAUGAAGGUUUCUGCCUUGAGAAAGACAAAGAGAAAUGCCUGAGUGAUGGAGUCUUAAACGUGGCAGUGUGUCGCAAAGGUGCCCCAGUCAUCGUUUCUUUCCCUCAUUUCUACUUGGCUGAUAAGAAAUAUGUCGACGACAUCGAGGGAAUUUCACCAGUGCAUGAAGACCAUCAGACUUUCCUCGACCUGAACCCUACUACUGGUGUGCCAGUUCGUGCUGCUAAAAGAGCUCAGUUCAACAUUAAACUUGAUAGAGUUACCGGAUUUCCAAUAACCAAAAACCUCAACGGCACCAUCUUCCCUGUCAUGUUCCUAAAUGAGUCUGUUGUGAUCGAUGAUGCAUCGGCUCAGAAGCUGCACAGACUCCUUUUUUUUGUGAAACUUGUUCCAAACUUCCCCUUCGUCCUGAUCACUCUUGGAGUCAUUCUGUUACUGAUCGGCGUUUUCUUCUACAUCUACACCCGCCAUAAGAAGGACUCCUCAAAGAAAGAGACAGAGUAUUCUCCCGUCACUGCUAAAGAGGACGACUCGGUCGAGAAGAACGGCACUUUCAUCGGCAUGACCCCUGUGGAGAAGUCUUAAACAGGACGUGCCGGUGUGAGAGUGUGUGUGUGUGUGUGUGUGAGAGAGAGAGAGAGAGAGAGAGAGAGAGAGAGAGUAGAAAUUCUAGUGCUCCUACAAAAUGCUGUUUUUUUUUUAAAACUAUCAACUUUGAAAUGUGACAUCAACAGACUUCCACUCAGGACAACCAUGGAGCUCUGAAUAAAUGAGUGAGUGAGGGAGGGAGGGAGGGAGGGAGUGAGUGUGUGAGUGAGGGAGUGAGUGUGUGAGGGAGGGAGGGAGGGAGGGAGAAAGUGUGUGUGUGAGUGAGAAAGUGUGUGUGUGAGUGAGAAAGUGUGUGUGUGAGUGUGUGAGUGAGAAAGUGUGUGUGUGAGUGAGAAAGUGUGUGUGUGAGUGUGUGAGUGAGAAAGUGUGUGUGUGAGUGAGAAAGUGUGUGUGUGAGUGUAUGUGUGAGUGAGUGUGUGAGUGAGAAAGUGUGUGUGUGAGUGAGAAAGUGUGUGUGUGAGUGUGUGAGUGAGAAAGUGUGUGUGAGUGAGAAAGUGUGUGUGUGAGUGAGAAAGUGUGUGUGUGAGUGUGUGAGUGAGAAAGUGUGUGUGUGAGUGAGAAAGUGUGUGUGUGAGUGUGUGAGUGAGAAAGUGUGUGUGUGAGUGAGAAAGUGUGUGUGUGAGUGUGUGAGUGAGAAAGUGUGUGUGUGAGUGAGAAAGUGUGUGUGUGAGUGAGAAAGUGUGUGUGUGAGUGAGAAAGUGUAUGUGUGAGUGUGUGAGUGAGAAAGUGUGUGUGUGAGUGAGAAAGUGUGUGUGUGAGUGUAUGUGUGAGUGAGAAAGUGUGUGUGUGAGUGAGAAAGUGUGUGUGUGAGUGUGUGAGUGAGAAAGUGUGUGUGUGAGUGAGAAAGUGUGUGUGUGAGUGUGUGAGUGAGAAAGUGUGUGUGUGAGUGUAUGUGUGAGUGAGUGAAUGAGUGAGGGAGGGAGUGUGUGAAUGAGUGUGUGAAUGAGUGUGUGAGUGAGUGAAUGAGUGAGGGAGGGAGUGUGUGAAUGAGUGUGUGAGUGAGUGAAUGAGUGAGGGAGGGAGUGUGUGAAUGAGUGUGUGAAUGAGUGUGUGAGUGAGUGAAUGAGUGAGGGAGGGAGUGUGUGAAUGAGUGUGUGAGUGAGUGAGAAAGUGUGUGUGUGAGUGAAUGAAAGUCUAGUGUCUUGGACUGAACUGAAAUAUUUUGGUAAUGAGUUGCUGACCCACCUGGCAGGGCAUUUCCAGUCAGAUUUUAGUUCAAUUCAGAGGUCAGCGGAGUUAAAGGUAUAUAUAUCCCGACAGAGAGAGUGAUUUUAAUGGAAAAUUUAUAUUUUAAAAAAAAAAGAUAGAACACAUUAUUUCACACUGCAGGGAUGCAGCAGUUAGCAAAGGUGUCUGCAUUUCUACCUUUCACUUGCACUUCCACUACUGAGAUUUCAUCGAUUCAUUGGUUUCAAAUUCAUCAGUAUUCAGAAAUAAACUCGACCGACUUCAAUUCCAGAAAAGUGAGGAAACCGUUAGGGUUAAACAGAGGACUAAACUUAUCGAGUCAGUAUCAGGUGUUAGUCCUGAAGGGCUGGAUUGAAAAAUCGGUGGCUUAAGUCCAAAAUAUAUGUCAGUGUUUGUGUAGGGGAAAGUUACACAGGUGCUAAAGUCAAUUUCCUGGGCUUCCUUUUCAUUUUAUGCAAAUCACCUCUGUGUGUGACGUUCAACGCCUGGGUUUUGAGCAGCCACAGCGUUUUCUUUCUUUUAGUGCUUUCCUUUAAAUAAGAAAAAAUAAAUCAGGGAUCGAAAAUACGGAAUGAAGGUGUCAGUAGUUUUUCCGUCCCUCUGAAAUGUAAUAUGACGCACACUAAACAAUUCAUUUAAAUAAAGAUAAGAUGCCAUAUAAGUGGUGAAGAUUUGAAAGAAAUCCAACAGGAGUGUAAGAAGGGUGAAAAUAUAUAUUACUGUGUGAGCUGUGGGAAAUAUACGCUGACAUAUAAAUUUAGGCCUCUGUUUUACCUUUAACUAUUCCCCACAUUGCAUGAUCCUCAUAUAAUUUCUGUGUAGCUGAGGUCUGAAUACUGAUGUCGCGUAUUUCUGUUCACGGAUUCCGAAUAUAGACGUGUUACAAUCCUAUAAACACCCAGAUUCAUGAUAAAAAAGAGUCACAUAUUACUCAUUUUUGAUUAAGUAUUCGUUGAGUUGUUGUUCAGUUUUUUUUGGUAGCCAUCUUUCUUAUCAGCAGAUUAUUGAGCCAAUCAUAUAUUUUUUUUUGAGUGCACUGAGCAUUGUUACAUACGAGUCCGGUCAUGGAUUUCAACCACUAAUAAGGACGCAGGAUGAAUUCAUCCCGUCAUUCCAUUCCCUUUUUUCCCAUUUCACUGCUGUUUUGCUAUUUUUAUUUCAAUGAAUGAAAUGAGACACAAGAGGAAUGAGCUAUGAUUUCAUUUCGUCCCCUUUUCUUUAUCCGUUUUUGUUGUAUCUUUUUGUCUGACAGAGAUGCUGGCUUGGUUUGAUAGCGUUUUAGGUUUUAUUAGAAUUAGUGAGGUCAUGCUAACAUUUCAGAUUACGUUCCUGUUGUUAUCGUGUAUGUCUCAGUCGCUGUGUAUGUUGCUGACCACUUCAAUAUUAAUACGUACUAUUUAGUCCAUAUUGCACUAAAAGCACUCAGUGUUAUGUUCUGUUAAUGCGUGUUCCUUUGUCGUUACUGAAAUUUCAUGUUCAUUUGCAUUGCGUUUUUUUCUUUUCUUUUCUUAAAGCCCCUGUUACUCUUUGAUUCUUAACAACGGCAUGUCCUAAUAUCUCAGAUUUUAUCGUUUUUUUUGUCAUUAUUAAACACAAAUUAUUAUAUCUUCUUAUCAUGAUGAAUAGAAUCGACUGAACAGACACACAAUGUUACUUCUCGUGUUUGGCGAUCCUCCUGACAGCAGGUGGGUUUGUAUAGAUAUGACUGAAUUGAUGGCUGAAAUACAUGGCUACAACCGCCCACUAUUACCUCAGGUUCGAAAUGGCCCAAACAUCAUCAUAGUAAUGUAAAUAUAUAUAUAUAUACACUAUAGUGCCAAAAGUAUUCGCUCACCCAUCCAAAUAAUCAGAAUCAGGUGUUCCAAUCACUUCCAUGGCCACAGGUGUAUAAAAUCAAGCACCUAGGCAUGCAGACUGUUUUUACAAACAUUUGUGAAAGAAUGGGUCGCUCUCAGGAGCGACCCAUUGGAACUGUGGUAGGAUGAUAGGAUGAUAGAACUGUGAUAGGAUGCCGCCUGUGCAACAAAUCCAGUCGUGAAAUUUCCUCGCUCCUAAAUAUUCCACAGUCAACUGUCAGCUGUAUUAUAAGAACAUGGAAGUGUUUGGGAAUGACAGCAACUCGUAAACUGACGGAGCGGGGUCAGCGGAUGCUGAGGCGCAUAGUGCGAAGAGGUCGCCAACUUUCUGCAGAGUCAAUCGCUACAGACCUCCAAACUUCAUGUGGCCUUCAGAUUAGCUCAAGAACAGUGCGCAGAGAGCUUCAUGGAAUGGGUUUCCAUGGCCGAGCAGCUGCAUCCAAGCCAUAUAUCACCAAGUGCAAUGCAAAGCGUCGGAUGCAGUGGUGUAAAGCACGCCGCCACUGGACUCUAGAGCAGUGGAGACGCGUUCUCUGGAAUGAGGAAUCGCGCUUCUCCAUCUGGCAAUCUGAUGGACGAGUCUGGGUUUGGCGGUUGCCAGGAGAACGGUACUUGUCUGACUGCAUUGUGCCAAGUGUAAAGUUUGGUGGAGGGGGGAUUAUGGUGUGGGGUUGUUUUUCAGGAGCUGGGCUUGGCCCCCUAGUUCCAGUGAAAGGAACUCUGAAUGCUUCAGCAUACCAAGACAUUUUGGACAAUUCCAUGCUCCCAACUUUGUGGGAACAGUUUGGAGCUGGCCCCUUCCUCUUCCAACAUGACUGUGCACCAGUGCACAAAGCAAGGUCCAUAAAGACAUGGAUGACCGAGUCUGGUGUGGAUGAACUUGACUGGCCUGCACAGAGUCCUGACCUCAACCUGAUAGAACACCUUUGGGAUGAAUUAGAGCGGAGACUGAGAGCCAGGCCUUCUCGUCCAACAUCAGUGUGUGACCUCGCUUCUGAAAUGCGCUUCUGGAAGAAUGGUCAAAAAUUCCCAUAAACACACUCCUAAACCUUGUGGACAGCCUUCCCAGAAGAGUUGAAGCUGUUAUAGCUGCAAAGGGUGGACUGACGUCAUAUUGAACCCUAUGGAUUAGGAAUGGGAUGUCACUUAAGUUCAUAUGCGAGUCAAGGCAGGUGAGCGAAUACUUUUGGCAAUAUAGUGUAUAUAAAUAUAUAUAUAUUUUUCCAUAUUCCACUUUUUUUCAGAGAUUUUCAGCCAAAGUUAAAAAAAAGCCCUUGCCCAAUUCUUUUUAAUCAUAUGCAGACUAAACUGUUUUCCAGUUUUUUUUUCCAAGCAAAAAAUGCUAUUUCGUUUUAAAAAUGAGAAAAAUUUAUUCAUCGUCUUCUUACCUUCACCCAUUCUCGUGUCUCCUUUGUCCUGUCCACUCUGGAUUAAGGGAUUUCAAAACUAUCCAUAAUGAUGGAGAUCCAGUUUGAACCAGAUUUAAAAUGUGAAAAUAAAGUUGUGCCACGUUUGUUCUUUAUGUUAUUGGAGUUUAUUUCAGGAUAUGUGCCUAGCCUAACCUGUGUGUGUAAUACUCGCAUUUCAAAUUGUAGAAAUGUCUAUACAAUAUUUUGUAUAUAUGAUAAGCGAUUGUGUGUCAUACUUUCAAUAUAAAUAAAACUACAUUGAUUAGUG